AUGCAAGCUCUAAAUAAGAACACAACAAACUUUUCAAACUAUUCUAAGAUAUCUGAGUCAUUGAAAGGGGGUGACUUAAAACUGACAUUAAACCCUAUAACAGAUGAGUUUCUAUUUCAAGACAAUAAGAACAAUAUUGUCUGUAUAAAUCCAACAAAAGGAACUUUAAACGAGAAACCUAUAAAUGAACUUCUUUUGAAAGCAGAUGUUGACAACAAAGCUGACAAAGAAUAUGUAGACGAUGCAAUAGCAAAAGAAGAAGAAAGAGCUAACAAUGCUUAUGCAACAAAAGAACAUACUCAUCCUGAACUAGCAGACAAAACAUAUGUUGACAAUAAAAUGUCAAGUGAAGUGACAAGAGCUGAAAACGAAUAUUCUAAAAAGACUCAUAUACAUUAUAUUAACCAAAUACCAAGUCUUAAGGAAACAUUAGAGACAAAAGCAGAUAAGACUCAUACACAUACCAUUGCAAAUAUUACAAACUUACAAGAAACCUUAAACAGGAAAAGUGCCGUUGGACAUACACAUACCAUUGCAAAUAUUACAAACUUACAAGAAACCUUAAACAGGAAAAGUGCC